GAAUUUUGUUUGUUUUUUAGGAGUGGACGUGACGGCUAACCAGGACGAGAUUUCUGACCACGAGACUUUCCAACUGGAAUUCGACCAAUCAACGAAGAGAUGGUACAUUCGCACAAUGCAGGACAGAUAUUGGACUCUGGAAACUGGAGGUGGAAUUCAGGCUGUUGGAGACAAGAGAUCGUCGAACGCUCUAUUCGACCUGGUGUGGCAGGGAGAUGGAUCAGUGUCAUUCCGAGCUAAUAAUGGGAAGUAUGUGGCCACCAAGAGAUCAGGUCAUCUGUAUGCCAACUCAGACACUGUAGACGAGACCUGCAAGUAUUUCUUCUAUCUUAUCAACAGGCCAAUCCUAGUCCUGAAAUGCGAGCAGGGCUUCGUGGGAUACAAGGCAGGCUCCAAUGUCAGACUGGAAUGCAACAGAGCGACAUACUGCACUAUUCAAGUGGAACGGGGAGAACGUGGUGUUGUGUAUUUCAAAGGUGACAACGGCAAAUACUGGCACGUGGACUCUGAAUGCGUCUCAGUCGACUCUGACACUCCGGAAGGCUUCUACCUGGAGCUGCGUGAGCCAACCCGCGUCUGCCUGAAGGCUGCCGGCCCGUCGCAGGCCUACCUCACGGCCGGCAAGAACGGCAACCUGCGGGCGGGAGACCAGGACAUCAGCUCGGCCACUAUGUGGGAGUACUAAGGAUGGAUAAACGAGGUUGACGCCCCCGGCACACAGGGACAGUAGACGGAUAAACGAGGUGGACACAGAAACAAUAGAUGGUUUAUAAAGUUACACACAGGGAAUAUGAACGGAUAAACGAGGUGUUUACAGUUUAUAGAGACGAUAGUGGUGUCCUUUACAGUGAACCGCACGAGAAUAGUCUGAUGGAAAUUGGAACAGGAACAAAUGAGUGCAAUGUUGUCAAAUAAGAGCUGAUCAACGUUGUCCUCAGCUGAUCAUAAAUGACAUUUGAAAUUAAUAGUUUUAGGCAAAGACCUUAAAGAUGCAUAGACUCACAUGCAGCGCUAGUGUCGUACUUUGAAUUGAAAUCGGCCAUUGAUGGGGCAACCUAUAAGAUUAUUACAUACUAAUGCCUUUGUAAUCUAUAAUAUUACAAACAUAUAGAUAUAAUAUCUCGUGCUAAAAUACCCCAAUGACGGCCUUCAAUUUCAAGUAAGAGCUAUCAUUGGGAAGGCAUAGGCAUUGUGGGUCUAUAUCUCCUUAAUGUCAUUGGUUUUAGGAUAAUACACCUGACGAAUUGGCAACGUCCAUGAUGAGGAUGGUACACAGCCGUUCCAAAUUCCAUCGAACCAUUUUCGUGCUGUUGACUAUAGAAGGGUGACAUCUAGUGGCCUCCAUUAGCGGGAUGACAUUAAGAUCUCAGUUGAUCAAGAACUCAGUUGGUCAAGUAUCAGCCAAGGUAGGCAACUGGUCACAACGUGUUUACACCAAAAUUGUCUACAAAAUACUGUUCACUUACAGUUUUCUACACAAAAGUUGUCAAUAUUUCUGUAUAAACCAAGUUUAAUUUUGUUGUGCUUCUCAAGAAAUUGGCAACAAUGUGCCGAAAUUUGUUGAAAUCUCAGUUAACAACUCUGGUGUAAACGUGGCUUUAAGUUGCGUGUACAUUCAUUAAAGUUGUCAACGGAAUGUUGUUCACAAUGAUAGCAUUUCUUCAAGUUGGCAAUUUUUUUGUAGAGAACAAGUUUCUGUUCUCAAAAAUGUAGAUCAACAUAGGUUGUCAAUUUUCGUAGCUUAGCAGAGAGAAAUGUUUUGCUGGCAACGUUUUGAUGAACUGACCGACAUCUUGACGGACUGGAACUCUGCCGACUAGUAGUAGCUAGUAUUAGACAGGGACAGUAGCAGUGUCCUCACACGGACAAUUGACGGAAAUUUAGUGGCCGCAACUAAUGGCCAGGUUCAGUGGAUACCUCGGGCUAGUAGAGGCAAACGUUUUGAUGAACUGACAUCUUGACGAGCUGAAACUCUCUCCACCAGUAGUCGCGAAUAUUAGACAGGGACAUUAAUUAUGUCCUCACACGGACAAUUGACGGAAAUUUAGUGGCCGCAACUGAUGGCCAGGUUUAGUGGACACCUCGAGUAUCAUAUUGUCCCUGUGUGCAGGGGGCUUGUUAGAAUAACAGGAGGUGAAAAGUAUUCGACCUGCUAUCUCGUAUUAACCUUGAAGAAUGGGUAGAGCAAUAGUGAGAGGAGAAGGAGGAGGAGGAGGAGGAGGAGAAGGAGGAGGAGGAGGAAUAGUAGUUGGAGGAGGUAGAAUUAAUUAUACAAUUAAUUUCUAAGAACUAUUAUUUCAUUGCAGUUUUGAGAUUGAAUUGGAACCAAAUAUCUAGGUAUUGAUUGAAUCUAUAAAUGAGAAGGAGGAGGAUGAAGAGAAGGGGGAGAAGGAGUAGAAGGGCGAUGAGGAGAAGUAGCUGUAAGAGAAGAAGGAGUUAAUUAUACAAUUAUUAAUCCGUAUAAUAAUAUAUUGUUCCAUUGCAGUUUUUAUAAGGUCUUGAAGCCAGUCAAUAUCAAAUAUCAAAGGUAUUGAGUGGAACUAGGAAUGAAGAGGAGGAUGAGGAGGAGGAGAAGGAGGAGAUAAAGUGGAGAGAAGAAAGAGAAGAAGAAUGAGAGAAGGUUGAAUUAUUGUUUCUAUUAUACCAUUGUGACUGUUGCAGUUUUGAGAUGGAAUUUAAAUCAAAGUUUGCGAUUUGGUAUUUUCUGUAUCUAUACAGAAGAAAUAACGUAUACCCUAGGAAGAAGG